UUCUCCCACGGUGUUGUCUUUCAGGCUGUGAGAGGAAUGCUGGACAACCACAACGAGCCGGUCAGUGACCUCUCGUACUUCGACUGCAUUGAGAGUGUGAUGGAGAACUCCAAGGUCCUCGGUGAAUCCAUGGCAGGGAUUUCCCAGAACUGUAAGACCGGGGACGUGUCGGCCUUCGGAGACUGUGUGGGAUCAGCGUCCAAGGCUCUGUGUGGCCUCACUGAAGCAGCAGGACAGGCCUCCUACCUGGUGGGUGUGUCCGACCCCAACAGUCAGGCCGGACACCAGGGGCUGGUGGAUCCCAUCCAGUUCGCCAAAGCCAACCAGGCCAUUCAGAUGGCCUGUCAGAACCUCGUUGACCCAGACAGCAGUCCAUCACAG